AUGCACACUUUCCAAAUACAGGCGCUUGUCUUCACUAUAGGCACCAUCAGCGCAGUCGCUUCGCCGGCUGAUAUGCUCACUGCUUCCAUGCUGUCAUCACUUUUGUCGAAACCCGAUGUAUCAGUCCUGGUCUUUUCUUCAGCGGCCGAGGGAUAUACAACAGUGGAUGAUUUUGUCACUAAGGCACAAGUGAUAAACUCAUGGAAUAAGGAGGAUAAUACAGCUGCGUUGAACGCACAACCCGAAUAUUGCCCCGACGACUACGAAAACACUCCUAUGUGUAAGGACUGCGGCGGAUUUAUCCUUCUAUAUUACAAGGAGCUUGAUUUUCAUGAUACAAGAUGCAAGGGUGACGAUGAUGACAUCGUUUGCGACCUCUUUGCCCCUGAUCCUGAUCCUGAUGCGACAAUGAGAUCAGCGCUGGAAGCGAUUGCACUGCUCCCAGACAAUAUCUCUUAUCCGUUCGCUGACACCGAAUUUAACAAUGAUUUCUGGCUCGAAGUUCCGGACAAUCUG